AUGGCGUCCUACUUCUACAUUAGCUUCGUGUCCCUACUUUUGUGUGCAAUCUUUGUCAUUCAGGCCUCGGAGUUUAGUCAAUCCAAGGUCUCAACAAAUGUAAGUUGUAUUGGCGUUGAGAGGGAAGCUCUUGUCAAGUUCAAGCAGGAGCUCACUGAUCCUUCCAAACGUCUAUGGUCAUGGAUUGGCAAGGAUUGUUGCAAGUGGCAAGGAGUCACAUGCAACGAGAAGACUGGUCAUGUCUCGAAGCUCGAUCUUCGUAAUCCCUGUGAUGGCUUAGAGAGGUGCAGUUUGGGAGGUAAGAUACAUAUUGCUGCAAACAAAUUGAAGCAUUUGAAGUAUCUAGACCUCAGCUUCAACAAUUUUUCAACCCAAAAAAUUCCAGAAUCCUUAGCUUCUCUUAAAAGAUUGGAGUAUCUCAACCUCUCAAAUGGAGGUUUCUAUGGAGAUAUUCCUCAUCAGCUGAGUAACCUUUCCAAUUUACAGUACUUGGAUCUUAGUAGUGGGUGGUCGGUGCACUCUUUGAAAAUAGAGAAUUCUCGAUGGCUAUCCACAUUUUCUAACUUAAAGUACUUGGAUCUCUCUAAUACAUAUGGUCUAGAUUCCAAAGAAUGGUUAAGUCCUAUCAACAUGCUUUCCUCCCUGGAGGUUUUGAUAUUGAGUGGAUGUGGUUUGGAAGAUGUUCCAGCCUCCCAGCAUGUCAAUUUCACUUCUCUUAGAUUCCUUGAUCUAAGUUACAACUCAGUGAAUUCAUCUAUUCCUCAUUGGUUUCAAAACUUCAGCAAACUCGAGCAUCUUGAUUUAAGUAAUAAUGAUCUCCAAGGUAUAUUCCCAGUUGUCAUCCUUGAAAAUAGUCCGUGGCUUAGAUUCUUUGAUGUCUCUGGAAAUAAGCUAGAAGGUGAACUUUUGAAAAAUUUGAGCAUUUUCUGCAAUUUACAAGUACUGAGCUUGUGUUAUAACAAAUUUAGUGGGAGGAUUUUUGACAUCAAAGGCGAUGCUUUGAUUUGUGGACAAAGCAACUUGAAGACUAUUGAUGUUUCCAACAACAAUUUCAAUGGUCACUUGCCCAAUCAAUUUGGGAAUUUCAAAGAUCUCGAAAUCCUUGAUCUUUCAUGGAACUCAAUUUUAGGUCCUAUUCCCACUAGUGUGGGCCAACUAUUGUCUCUAAGAAUGUUGCAGCUCUCUUCUAACAAAUUGAGCGGAAACAUUCCAAAAAGUAUUGGGCAACUAUCCAAUCUAGAGGUAAUGGACAUUGGUGAUAAUCAAUUAGAUGGAGUUGUUAACGAGCUUCACUUUUCAAGUCUCACUAGCUUGACCUCGUUGUACUUUUGGUGGAAUGAACUUGUUAUAAAUGUUAGCGCAUCUUGGGUUCCUCCUUUCCAAAUUCAAGCAAUUUUUAUGUCAAGUUGCAAAGUGGGACCAAAAUUCCCAAACUGGCUUCGAACACAAAGGGCCCUUUCGGCAUUAGACAUGUCCAAUGUUAGCAUCUCAGAUGAGGUUCCCUAUUGGUUAUCUGAUGUUUUAUCUGACAUUGAAGAGUUGAAUCUCUCAGAUUUUGUCCUCACGUUUGUGAGCUACAGUGACACUUUUAUGAAAGUACAGGUUGAUUAA